AUGAAACGUGAAGUUAGGAUGGACAAGAACAUAAUCAAGGAAGAGCUUGACGAGAAAAGAGCAAGUGCAUCAGAUAUAGCAAAAACUCUAAAACCUGUUUAUUUGGAGAAGUUGGGAAGGCCAUCACCUUUGUUUCCACCUGGUACGGUAAUUGCCGCUGAGAACACUACAGUAACAAUUAGUGCUGCUACAAUAGUGCAUGAUGUAGAUGUGUCUUUCAUCCAUUUCUCUCCUUCCUUCAUCAAGUCUUCAUGUGUCUCUGUAAAUAACAUUUUGGUGUCUUCCCAUUGUUGUUUUUACGCUCUCUGUCAUGAGCUAGUGUAA